UUGUGUAAGCAAAGCCAAUCUCAACUUAACUCUCUAGUCUCAAGUCAAGAAGCCUCAUUGAACGAGAAUAAUAAGGCUCCAACUCCAACAACACAACCACAGAACCACUUCACUGCCUGUCCCGGUGGCUGUGGCUGUGCUUUUGGUGGCUUGUUACUUCCAUUUCCCGCGCUGUCUACGGUUCCAGUUGGUUCUAUAUGGGCAAGAAGAAUUUGGAUUGGACGUCCAGGUCCAGCGUCUCAUCUGGGACAGACAGAGCCCCUCUUCUUAACAAAAAGCCAAAUGGGAAUGAAAAUGGAGACCAAUCAGCUAAUGGUCCAGCCACGGACCUUGAACAUGGGGAUGCGGUAGAGGCAGCAAAUGUUGGAUAUCUUCGAAUAUUAUCACUUGCAAAACCUGAUGCUGGCAAGUUGACUGUUGCUACUAUUGCUCUGCUGAUUGCAUCCACCACAAGUCUUUUGAUUCCAAAAUAUGGUGGAAUGAUAAUUGACAUUGUAUCGCGAGAAAUAAGAACUCCUGAAGAGCAAACUGAAGCUUUGAAUGCUGUUAAAAGCACUAUAUUAGAAAUAAUUAUAAUAGUGGCAGUCGGUUCCGUAUGCACAGCUCUCCGAGCAUGGUUGUUUUCGUCUGCCAGUGAAAGGGUAGUUGCUCGUUUAAGAAAAAGCUUAUUUAGUCACCUUAUUGAUCAGGAGAUAGCGUUCUAUGAUGUAACUCGGACAGGGGAACUUCUUAGCAGGCUAUCUGAAGACACACAGAUCAUAAAAAAUGCCGCAACAACCAAUCUAUCUGAGGCACUUCGCAAUGUAACAACUGCAAUUAUUGGUAUUUUCUUCAUGUUCUCGUCUUCUUGGAAGUUAACAUUGUUGGCUUUGGUCGUUGUACCAAUUAUUUCUGUUGCCGUGAAAAAGUUUGGACGCUAUCUUCGUGAACUUUCACACACAACCCAAGCUGCAGCUGCAGUAGCUGCCUCAAUUGCGGAGGAAUCGUUUGGUGCUAUUCGAACUGUCCGGUCCUUUGCUCAAGAAGACCAUGCAAUAUCAAGUUACUCAGAAAAGGUUGAUGAGACGCUAAACCUUGGACUCAGACAAGCUAAAGUAGUUGGUCUAUUUUUCGGAGGGCUAAAUGCAGCGUCCAUGUUCUCCGUUAUCGUAGUAGUAAUUUAUGGAGCAUACUUGACGAUUACAGGCUCCCUAACCGCAGGAGCCCUUACAUCUUUCAUUCUUUACAGCCUUACAGUUGGCGGCUCGGUAUCCUCCUUAUCAGGGUUGUACACGACAGCAAUGAAAGCUGCUGGAGCAAGUAGAAGAGUUUUCCAGCUCCUAGAUCGGGUCUCAGUCAUGCCAAAAUCAGGAGAUAAGUGCCCUACAGGUAACCCAGAUGGAGAUGUGGAAUUAGAUGAUGUCUGGUUUGCUUAUCCUUCUCGCCCAAGUCAUAUGAUUCUCAAGGGUAUAACAUUGAAAUUGAGGCCUGGUUCCAAGAUUGCUCUGGUUGGUCCUAGUGGUGGUGGAAAAACAACUAUUGCAAAUUUAAUUGAGAGAUUUUAUGACCCUAUCAGAGGAAGAAUUUUACUAAAUGGAGUUCCAUUAGUUGAAAUAUCCCAUGAGUAUCUUCAUAAAAAGGUUAGUAUAGUGAGCCAGGAACCUGUUCUUUUCAACUGCUCAGUGGAAGAGAACAUCGCAUACGGAUUUAAUGGAAAAGCGAGCUUGACUGAAAUAGAAAAUGUUUCUAAAAUGGCCAACGCACAUGACUUCAUUGACAAAUUUCCUGAAAAAUAUCAAACUGUUGUGGGAGAACGUGGAUUGAGGCUGUCAGGAGGCCAAAAACAGAGAAUAGCAAUUGCAAGAGCACUAUUAAUGAACCCAAGAGUUUUGCUACUUGAUGAAGCCACAAGUGCUCUGGAUGCCGAGAGCGAAUUCCUUGUUCAGGAUGCAAUGGAUUCUUUGAUGAGGGGCAGGACUGUUCUUGUUAUAGCGCACAGGCUUUCAACUGUAAAAACUGCAGACAGUGUUGCGGUCAUAUCGGACGGUCAGAUUGCAGAAAGUGGCACUCACGACGAACUUCUCAGCAGAGAUGAUGGCAUUUACACUGCACUUGUUCGUAGGCAGUUACAAGGAUCCAGGACCACAUAAUUUGGAAGAUGCAAAAUGACAUGAAUCUAAUUUUUUUCUUUUCUCUUUUGGUUGAAAAAUAUGCUUACGUAAAUAACGGGGACUGGAUAUUCAUUCCCUUCUAUUUGAAUCCAUCAAAGUUUGAUUGGUGCAACGUCCCUCUAGGUUUACUAUUAUAUGGAUAAAAUAUCUAUAUGAUCAUUCCAUAUAUAUUUUCAGUUUA